CUUGGCUCCCUUGGGCCUCCCGGUCGGGGGACUGGAGGUCAGAGCCAAGCGGGAACAUUGUGCAGGACCUUGCGGGGGAGUUUGCGGAAAGAAAAGGAGGCGGGAGCCGGCAUUGCUAUGGACCCUGGGACCUGCGGCCCCGGCGUCCCGCAGCCUCACGCCCCGGCACCCGGCAUCCUGCGCCCCACGCCCGGCAAACCCUAGGACCUGCCUCUCCCGGCGCUGACCCGGGUUCCCCCGCGCGCGUUGACGUCGGUCGCGGGGCCGCCCGGAGCUCCCGGCAUUGGCUGGGAAGUCGAUUGUCUCGGGCGGCUGCUGUUACACUUAGGUUGGGUCUCCGAGCUCUGGAGGAAGCAGGCAGGCGUGUGUUGAAUUUCUCUCUGACCCUCACGGUGGAAUGAACAGGAAGCGACGAGCACCCAGCCCAGGCCCGGCACUUGCCUUUGUUGCGGGGUCAGCCUGCACAGCGCAGUUCAAGUUCUACAUUUGUAACAUCAUCCACUUACAAGACCAUUUCAAGAACUGACAUCACUUUUCAUACAGCUUAAAAGAAAGAGGAGAGACGCAAAGCACAGAGAGCAGCAGAUCAGACCACACCGAACUCCACUGGAGCGUCGGAGCCGUGGAGGAUGCUGGCUGCCGAGCUGCAGAGGAGGCCCCCGCUCUAAGGGGGAGAGCAGGCCUCACUGAGACAGCUUCCGCCCCUCCCGGGCUCACCAUGGCCUGCACUCUCUGGCUGGACGGCUGACGUGACCGUGUGCCCCAAGUGUGCACGUGCUGGACUGGGUGCUGUCCCAGGUACCGCCUGCUCUCUGGGAGCAGGGCAGGUGGGCAUCAGAUGCUACCCAAAGCUGGACGGGGCAAAGCAAUGGACUCCGACAAGCUAAGAUGGAAGUGACCUGAGGCCUCGCCCAGGCAGUUUCCUCUUGCCAGGACAGCUCAAUAGUCGGAGCACGGGCUUGUCUGGGGAGCAGUAUGCAGGAAGCUGGUUUUCAGGCCACAAAUGCUUUCACAGAGUGCAAGUUCACCUGCACCAGCGGUAAAUGCUUGUAUCUUGGUUCACUGGUCUGUAACCAACAGAACGACUGUGGGGACAACAGUGAUGAAGAGAACUGUCUCCUGGUGACAGAACAUCCACCUCCGGGCAUCUUCAACUCGGAGCUGGAGUUCGCCCAGAUCAUCAUCAUCAUUGUGGUGGUUACGGUGAUGGUCGUGGUCAUCGUCUGCCUGCUGAAUCACUACAAAGUGUCCACGCGGUCUUUCAUCAACCGUCCGAGUCAGAGCAGGAGGCAAGAGGACCGGCUGCAGCAGGAAGGGCGCCUGUGGCCUUCAGACAGCUCUGGUCCUCAGCCUGGUGCCUCAGAGAUCAUGUAUGCCCCGCGGUCUCGGGACAGGUUCACUGCCCCGUCCUUUAUCCAGAGGGACCGGUUCAGCCGCUUUCAGCCCACCUACCCCUACGUGCAGCACGAGAUUGACCUUCCCCCCACCAUCUCCCUGUCUGACGGGGAGGAGCCGCCUCCUUACCAGGGGCCCUGCACCUUGCAGCUCAGGGACCCCGAACAGCAGAUGGAACUCAACCGAGAAUCUGUGAGGGCCCCGCCCAACCGGACCAUAUUCGACAGCGACUUGAUAGACAUCUCUGUGUACAACGGGGGCCCAUGCCCGCCCAGCAGCAAUUCGGGCAUAAGUGCCAGCACCUGCAGCAGUAACGGGAGGAUGGAGGGGCCACCCCCGACCUACAGCGAGGUGAUGGGCCACUACCCAGGAGCCUCUUUCUUCCAUCACCAGCACAGCAACACGCACAGAGGGGGCAGACUGCCGCUUCAGCACGACAGCGCGGGGAGCACGGUGGUGCCCAUCCAGGGCAAGGACAGGAAGCCUGGGAAUCUCGUCUGAUCCUCCAGCAUGCGCUUGAGUGGAGAAGAAGAGACCGAGGACGGAGGAGGACUGCUCAGCUCCUCCGCUCCCGGGCACAGUGCUGUUCAGUUUUACGCGCGACAACUAAGUAAAACCAAAUAUGCAAAUGUGGUCUUUGUUUCUGAUUCCUUUCAGGGGAAUUGCAUGCAAACCAGACUGAAACAAUACAAACUUCCAUCCGGUCUGACCAUCAACAGUGUUUAUUCGGGGGCAGGCGUCGGGAGGGGGGUGGUUUUGGCAAAGGGUGGGCAUGGGAACAGAGAAAGGGGUGCUUUGACUAUAUCAUGAAAUAAAACACAGAGGUAUUUGAUUUAUUUAAUUAUGAAAGGAGACUGCAGAGAAAGAGGCCAGAAUGGCCUUAAAUUUAUAAUUAACUAAGUAAAGAAGGAAGCAUUAUUAUAUAUUAUCAUGGGGAAGAAUUGGCCAGUUUGCUUUUUCUCCCAAGGUGUGGAACUUUUAUUUUGUUUUAAAAAUAUGAUUCAAAAUUCCUGUUUUUGUGUGCCAAGGUAUAAAGUGGGGAAGCUCGAUGAAUGCAAGGAGUUGAUUUGUGUUGUUAUGAUGAUGUGUUAUUAAAAGUUGCACUAUCUUAAUGUUGAAAAUAUAUAUGAGGGAACUGUUUUAUGUGAUGUUCUGUAUGUUGUCUUUUCACCUGUGGAUUAUUAGUAGGCCUAAGGAAUGCCCUGGAGUGCUUCCCGUAAUCAUGCCAGAAAAGAUGUUUGGGGACGUAGCCUAACAUGCCGACUUGUGUACAUCAAGAAGGUCGUUACUGCUGUGAGAGUCUGUAGCAGAGAGCAGGGCGUCUGAAGCAUGGAGGCCUUUGGGUGUAAGAUAGGAACGCGAAGGUCCAGCACUUGGGACUUGCUGAGUUACUCUGCUAGCCUAGGCCACCUGUUCUGUUAAACGUGGCCGACACAUGCAUUGACCACCCAGUAUCGCAGUGCCCUCGCCCUCCAGCAGUGCAGUUCUUCAGUAACUUAGGUUGUUUUUUUUUUUUUCACUGUAGCAUGAAGUAGACUCAUACAUAAUUUUAUGCAAUAAAUUGUUUAAAAUGCAAGGUGGUUAUUUUGAAUACUGUUGAGAUUUGUGACUUCUCCGUGUAUUCCCGUUGUCAGCCUCCUUUUCUAGACAGUUCAGUUCAGUCCUGGACAGCUGGUCCGUGCCCGAGGGGCUCUCAGCGGUUGCUCCGCGUGGAGCCCGCCGGCCUCGGCGUGUGAGCGAUGCUGGUAGUGACUUCUUCAUCGGAAACUCCUGGAAUGGACAGAGGACACCACAUUGCUGAGCAUGAUAACAAGCCAUUGCCCUUCACCAAAUGGGCGCAGCAUUCUCGGGGGAAUGCUGUGCUCACAGCCCACGCUCCCGCGGGAGUUCGUGCAGCCUUGGCAGUGUGGCCAGAACUGGACGGUCAGUUCCACAGCAGGGCAGGGCAGGCGGGCGACUCCAAAAGCACAGGAUUAAAAGCACAACAUGCAAUUAAAAUGCAACUAGAAACUAAUUUUAAAUAUUGUUAGUUUUAGUUUUAAUAUUCCUGAUAUUUACAAAAGGUGUUCUUAUGUAAAGAAACAGCUUUCUUAUGGGGAAGAAAGCAUCUGGCUUUUAUAAUAGCACCAGCCAACAAGUUCAACCAAUGCCACACCGCCGCCUGCUCUGCGUGGGCCAGUCCCCUUGGCCUCUGCAUGUAACAAAAUGGAUUGGAAGGAUGACCCAGUGACUGAUCGCUGCAGUGUUGAUGCUGAAUAACACAUGCGCUUGAGUCUGUCUGUGGGUCUCAGAUGAUCUGUCAGUGAGGUGACUUGGUGCUGUCGGCCGAGAGCUGGAGAGACUGUUCUGAGCUACAAGUCCUGUCCCCUGCCUUCUGCUCCUUUCUGCUGCUGGUUUUUGUUUUGCUUUGAGGAUUGGACUCUUCAUUAAAUUGAUUCAUUUCACCCAGUAACAGCCACAGAACUAGCCAAACUCUUAGAAAGAGAGAAUAAACAGGCUCUGUUGGGACGUGUGCGUGCUAAGAGCCGCAGUAGGAAUUCCAAGACUGGGCAGAGCCCUGGGGGGCCCCCUACCCGGUCAGCUCACUGCCUGGAUCCCACGCCUGUGCGGGAGGGCAGCUGGCACUCUUUGUGGCAUGGAGCCUUGUCUCACCCUGUCAGGUGAAGGUUAGGAAGCACUUGUGCCUGUCAGGACUGCUGGUGGAGGUGCCGGGUAAAUUAUUGGUCAGGUGUCCCCUCAGAUGAAAGAUGACAAGGUCAGCUAAUGAUAUCAUCAUUCCAAACCUGGCCUGCAAUUUGGGUAAAGCAGGUGAACCCACCCUGUAACUCUAGCUCAACAUGGUUUUGCAGUCCUUCACUUUCCUACCUGCUGCAAGAAUGAGCUGUAGUCAGAAACUUGUCGAUUCUUGGUUAUCUUGCAAGUAUGUGAAUGUUUUUAUCGGUGUCCACAGUAUUGGCAAAACAAAUAUUGAAUUCACAUAAAUGUCAUCGUCCUUCAAAAGCGAGGUUCCUCCCAUUCAGCCACUCUAGAGAAUUGUCCUUUACGUUAAAUAGCUAUUUAAAGACAGAGACAUUUGAAACCAUGAACGUGAAUGGUCUUGAGGCUGGGCCUCCAUAAUGAAUUAGUUUAAAAGCCAAGGUCAUAAACUUAAUUAAUAGUCACUUUCCCUUUGGCACAGGGAAAAGGUGAUUUAGAUCAGUAGCUCUUUUGAGGGUGGUGGCUGACCUGUCGCUCCUCGCUGGCCUGGCGUGGAAAGAGGAGUGAGGAAGGUGCAGCCUGCACAGUGGGGCCUAAGGUGGAGAAGCCUGUGUGCUUAUGGAGCCCAAGCACCCCGUUGAGAAAGCAGGGAUUGAGACCAUCAGUGAUGGAUUGGUUACCUCGAUAGAGAGUUGAAACAAAGGCUUGCAAGUUCAGAAGAGCAGCUGGUGGGAAGGGGACUGAGCAUCCUGCUCUGGCUUGCCCGCCCCAGGGGCUGCCUGGAGCAUGACGCCCAGCAUGUGCUGAGUCCCAUUGACAGGAGCACGGCCCUCAGGCAGGUAUCUGUGUUUUCAGAAAGUCUCGUGUUCUUCAGACACAAGCAGUCCCGAAUCCCAAAGAGAUUGUGCUAAACAAAUUAUGCAUUUAAAACGUUAAACUAUUCUUGGUGUUUCUAACCAAAAUUCCGUGUUAAAGAAGCUCGACAAGCAUAUCCUCUGGCCUCCCCCAUCACCUAUACACACGGGCACACAACCCGCAAGAAAUUCUAAGAUUGCGGGGAAGAAUAUUAAAACGUACAAAGAUUGGUCAUGAGGGUGCACAGAUAGCCACUGAGUUCCUGGGUGAGGAAAGAGGGGCCUUCCAACACCCGCAGGGGAACAUGGUACACAGAUGAGUGCUUCUGGAGCUUCUUAUGUCUCCAUUUGAUCUUCUCCACCUUUAUCUUCUUCACUUUUAUCUUCGGCAACUACUUUCAGACAGCUUCUGUUAUCUAGAAGAAUCCACGCACAUCCCUGCCUUCCUCCCGCAACCAGUAGCUGCAUCCUGACAGGGGUGAUCCUGCAUCUUCCAUCUAAUGGCUCUUGUCUCCAGGAAGUCCUUUGUAGGGAGAGUCCUGGUGCGAUGGCCUUUAGAUACCGGUCCAUAGCAAAGGAGAUGCCCGUCCAGCCCCUGCCCCUCAGGAGAAAGUCCGUCCAUCCUUGGCCACUCAGGCUGCUGCAUGCUCCGAACCGCCUCCUGGCUGGUCUGCCGCACGGGUGCUUGCUUCUCGAGGUCUGCUACUUAGCACGGCGACAUUCACUGCAUGUUCGUUGCUAUGCAUUUCGUUCUUCUUAAAACUUCGAAAGCUCCGCAGUGUAUGAUGGAAAGAAACUGGGAAAGAUACUUGGUUUUUGUUAACUUUCUGAUUGUGUCUAAGUGACUAAAAGCAAAACUAUGCCAGUGUUUGGCACUGUGUCUUGCUGCCAGCAUCCCCAACCUCAGUGAAGAGCAGGGACGCAGGCUUCCGCUCUGCUUACCUUCACCUCCAGUACCCUCAAAUUUAGAUAAAGUGGCAGGACUGGGCGGCAGCUGGCAGGGCCCCCUCCUCGCUGUGAGGAGCACUGUAUCUAACCAUGGCGCACCCACGUCACAGGUCAAGGAACUUUGCUUUCACUCCAGGCCACAGCUUUGCGGCUCACCUCACUUUUACGGAUUUAACGGGGACCGAGGCCGCGCUGCCAGCUGCCAGAGAUCAAAGUGGUGGAUGGAGAAGGGGUAGCAUGCUCCUGCCUGGGGAUCCCCUACAUUUCCGCUUAGGCCACGUGACUACCCAAAGUGCUGCAUCUUUUGCAUAGUUCAAGUUUAUCGUUUCUGCCAGGGUGAGACAGCCGUUUGCUGCUGCUGCUGCUGCUGCUGCUGCUGCUGCUGCUGCUUUCGGGGUUGGCUGCAUUUGGAAGCUGUCCUGUGUGAGUGGAUGCCUUGCUAUGAAAGCAAAGCACCGUCUUCCUUUCCUCCUUUUCCUUCCUCCCCCUCGGUGUGUGCUUGUUUAAGUGGACUGUGGUGGGGCUUAGCGCGAGACAGAGGCUGUCGGCACAUGAUACAUGCAUAGUACACGGAUCCAUGUCCGGCGGAGAGCUCUGCAUGUCCGUAGAUUUCAAGCAGCUGCCUUGUCUCAUGUUCUGGGUUUAGCAGACGUAGGACCCGAGCCCCCGCAGCUGCCGCACUCCGCGCUCCCACCUUUGUUGUGCCUCACUGACAAUGGUGCUUCUUCAGUUGUUUGUCUUUUCUUACGUUUUUAUUUGUAAGGUGCUGUAUAUAACUUGAAUAUAUUAUGCACAUAUCCUACCCAAUGGGUAGAACAUACAUUGUUAAUACUGUAAUAUAAUGUAUAGAUACCAAUUUUAACAGAAAUGGCAUAGAAUUUGUGAAUGCCUAUGUGCUUUGUCCUCUUUUGUAAGGAAAUUUGCAAAUGGAUGCAUACAGAUAAAAGUCUAUGUAGUUUAUUUUCCUAUUAAAUACCAAUAUUAUAACACAAGGGAAAGAAGUCUGAACAAGCAAGCCAGUUUAUGACCAGCGUAUGUAUAGCAAAUGAGAGUUGCAUCUUUGCUGUGAAAACACUUUAAAAAAAAUAAGUUUAAAAAAAUUCCAUAGCUUUUUGGUUGCCACUAGAUGCUUCUUUUCAGCUCUUAACGCUCAGUUGGACCAGUGUUAGAAAAAAAAUAGUUGACUUUUCAACUUGUUUUAUGAAGACAUCAAUGUCAUGUAGAAUAAUGAUGUCAGACCCCAGAGAAAGUGCACAUUUUGCUAAAAUUGCAAAAAUUACAUCCAGAGUCCGUGGGCCUGCCGCGGAGGGCCUUGCUCAGUACGGGGGCAUUUGGGACCAUCUGGGUCCCGAGUCUCUCUCUGCCUUUCUCCUUCACAAACUGAAGCUGUGGAGCCAGUGAAAUACCGGAAGGGUUUGUAGGAAAGCAUACCUCAGGGAAAAUGAAGCCACUUGCGACCCCAUUCUUCAAAAAGAUGUCAUUAUGGGUUAUAUUAGCAGAGAAUUAGCUAUCAGCCCCCCGAGUUGGGAAUCUUAUAUCCAUUCCUUUUGGUGUCUCAUGGUGAUCUUGAUCCAAAAAAUUAAACUGGGUUUUGCCACCGGUUAGGGAUUACAUUUGCAGUUGCGUGAUGUCACAUCUCUCUUCCAGCUCGGUGUUUAGUGUCUGACUGUGCUCUCUGCAUUUAUCUUCAAAUAUCCUAAAGUUACCAAAAAAAAAAAAAAAAAA